GCUCUUUAUCUAGCAAGAACUCUCCGCUCGGAGCGUGCAGGUACAAACGUGAAGAUACGGAAGAGGAUUGCCCUUCUCCUGACUCUCUCACGCACAUACACAUUCUUUGGUUCCACAGUCAAGUCGCAUUCGUGCGCACUUAAGCUAAAAUGGCCGCCAACAAGCAGGGCAAGAUGCAAAACCUCAUCAACUACCGGAUGAGAGUUACCCUGAACGACGGCCGACAGAUGACGGGUCAGAUGCUUGCAUUUGAUAAGCAUAUGAACCUCGUCCUCGCCGAUACAGAAGAAUUCCGCCGCGUCAAGCGCAAAGCUAAAUCCGCCGCUGGUUCCUCCAAUGCGCCCCUCGUCGAAUCGGAAGAAAAGCGAACCCUGGGUCUUACAAUUGUGCGCGGUACUCAAGUCGUUUCCUGCUCCGUCGAUGGACCUCCUCCUGCCGAUCCCUCUGCGCGACUUGGAACGGGCGGCCCUGGUGUCGCAGCCGCCGCAGCAACCCUCGCCGCUGGCCCUGGAAUUAGCAAACCCGCUGGACGUGGUCUGCCGGUCGGCCUAGGAGGACCUGCGGCUGGUGUUGGAGGACCACCACCUCCUCCAGGUGGCUUCCCCGGUUUCCCACCAGGCGGUUUCCCUGGUGCUCCUCCACCAGGUUUUGCUGGUCGCGGUGGUGGACCUCCAGGAGGACCUCCUGGCUUUGCCCCUCCCCCCGGAUUUGCUCCUCAGGGCGCUCCUCCUGGCGGGUUCCAACCUCCUCCAGGUUUCCAGCCUCCAUCCCAUGGUCGAGGUUAUCCUCCACCCGGAUUUGGGGGACGGUGAGUUGAUAUGAUACGGAGCAACAUGAAAGGCUUGCAAAUACGACUAUGACUGUAGCGUGGUGGAUUCCUAAUUCGAAGGACAAAUAAGGCUUAAAAGGAAUAAAACAACUCGUCCCGGUCCAUUCGUCUGUUGAUGGAUUCUGGUACACAAUUUUUACCAGGCAAAGGCGUUGCGGCGUGAGUGGAUGCAAGGAAUGCCCAGAGAGAUAAAACGGUCCACCCAAAACCCGAGGAUCGACAGAAGUAAUGCUAGAUAUCUGUCCAGCAUUUUAUCCUACUAGUGAAUCCUAAUACAUUUCGAUGUCUCCGCG